AUGGGUGAUUUAUUCUCUUCCUCUACACAAGAGGAACACGAUUUGUUCGCUGACGUAAAUGUAAAGACAGAUAAUUUUAAUAACCGUCGCUCAAAUAUGCAACAACACCAGCGGGUCUCGUCCGUUCCGAAUUCUCCGGAACAGACUACUUAUAGAUGGAACAAGCGCAUGGUCAACUCGAUCGCAUCCCUUCCUAGUAAUCUCUCUGAAAUUCCUUUAAAAUCCAAUGAUGUUUCACCGUCAAUUUCAACUGCUACUACAACACAGUCUUCGGCAUUUGGGUUUAUUUCCAAACCUGCAAACAAAAAAUCGCCACGGACGAAUGAAAGAAUUUCAAGUUUCCCAUUCGAAAAUUCUAUUCUACUCGAAAAACCACGAUCAAAUUUAAAUGAGACUAUUUUUCAAUUAUCUUCGGAAGAUAUGUUAUCCUUUUCUGUACCAAAUAAUGGACAGCAAGAACCAGCAUUCCAAACUCAAAAUCUUUCGAACUCUUUGAAUUUUAUGAAAUCGCGUCGAAUCGCUUCCAAAACCAAUAAAGUCUCUCUUGAAGAACUUGAUAUUAAUAUGGAAUCGAACACCAAUAUAAAGGGUGAGGCGAAUAAUAAUAUGGGAAACACGGAAUUAGAAUUGUCCAGGAUGGAAGUAGAAUUGCAGCAAAUUCUCAAUAUACAAUCAAAUGUUUUCCAAAGAAAAAACUCUAUUUAUGAACAAUUGGCUGAGAACUUUGAAAGUGUUAAAUCACUUGAAAUCAAUCAAACAAGUGCGUUAUCCAGCGAGGACUAUGCUAAAGCAGAUAAAUUGACAAAUGAGAUACAAGAAAUUCAUCAUAAAAUUAAUAAUUUGCGUGGUGUAUUACCUGGAUUGGAUCAGACAUUAAAUGAAUUGAGAGAAAAACAAGUUGAUUAUUUAAAAAGUAAGGCAGAUAUUCGUAGAAUUUUAGAAAAAGAAUUGAAAAAAAAGAAGAAUGAACACAUUGAAGCUUGUAAAUUAUAUGACGUCGAUAUCGAAAAUUUACGCAAUGUGGAAACCAAAAAAAUAAUUUCUGAACGAGAAGAAAUUGAAAAAGCAAAAAGUGAAAUUGUAUUUGAUGAGGAUCUUUGGAGUAAAUCGGAGGUUGAAUUUAAUGAAAGAAUUGAAGACCAUUGUCGGAAUGAAAAAUCUGAACGUGAAACCCUUUCUAAAAAGCGAGAAAACAUACGCGCGGAAAUAAAAGAACUAAUGCUACGUAUCGAAAGAUUACGCGCCGAUGAAAAUGGUUACAGCAAGCAAAUUAGCGAUAUAGAUCUCAAAAUAGAAAGUAUUACAAGUGAAUAUAGCUCCGAAAGAGAAGGUUUGUUAAGGGAGAAAAAUGAGUUGGAUAAUAGAAAACGAGAACUUGAGAAUAAAUCGGGGCACGUAGAAGAAAUGGAUAACCAAUUGCAUAAUAGACUUGAUAAUUAUCAAAAACAACGCGAAUUAUCACAGAAAGAACUAACAUUGUUAGAAAAACGUAUCGGAGAGAUGGGAUCCAUGUCUAAAAUUCAUCGUGAAGAAGCCAUUGAAAUCGAAAAGUUGAUAAAACAUCUAAGGGGUCGUGCCCAAAGAGAUUUGGAUUGCGAAAAGGAGAUUUCAGAGAUUCGCGCGCAAAUGGAAGAAUACGACGUUGAAGUUAAAAGAUUAACUUCUAAGGUAAUGCACGAUAAACAAACUUAUUCGAAUGUUCAGCAAGAUAUAUCAACUAUAGAUACACAAAUACCUGCAUUGGAAGAACAAAAGAAAUUGGCCGUUGUUGCAGCUCGUUUAGCUACUCGAAUAAAAGAUCUUCAGUCAACUCGUGACGAACGCACUAAAUUUUUGAAAACAAAGUGCUCAAGUUUGGAACAAGACCAGGAAGAUUUAAAGAUGGCAAGAAAAAAAUUGGAAGAGUAUCAUUCCAAAUUGAUUGAAGUCGAGAAAAAUACUGGGUCAGACAUGUUCGAGGAGUUAAAUGAAUCACUCCUACAACAUCGAUCAAGAUACGAUGUAGCCAGCCAGCGAAACCAUCACAUUUUAGUAAGUUUAUUACGUAAUGAAAUAAAAGGAUUGGAAUCUUGCAUCAAUCAAAUUAAGGCAAGAUAUGGACUUUCGAAUUCAAAAAUCCAAUCUAAUCAAUUGGAAAAUUUUCAAGAAGUUAUUGUGAAAAGUAAAGAUUUCAGCGAAUCAAUUAAUAUAAUCGGUAAUGAUUCAACCAGACUUGAAGAACUAGAAGCAAAAUUGCAGGAGGCCGUAAAUCGCGAGGAUUACACUCUUGCAGAACAAUUACAAAAUGAGAUUAACAGUUUGACGUCAUAA